AUGGCGCGGCCGCCCGUGCCCAGCUCGCAGAAGGCGCUGCUGCUGGAGCUGAAGGGGCUGCAGGAGGAGCCGGUCGAGGGGUUCCGGGUCAGCCUGGUGGACGAGGCGGACCUCUACAACUGGGAGGUCGCCAUCUUCGGGCCCCCCGACACCUACUACGAGGGCGGCUACUUCAAGGCUCGGCUGCGCUUCCCCAUCGACUACCCCUAUUCUCCUCCUGCCUUUAGGUUCUUAACCAAAAUGUGGCACCCCAAUAUCUAUGAGACCGGCGAUGUCUGCAUCUCCAUCCUCCACCCGCCCGUGGACGACCCGCAGAGCGGGGAGCUGCCGUCCGAGCGGUGGAACCCCACGCAGAACGUGCGGACCAUCCUGCUGAGCGUGAUCUCGCUGCUGAAUGAGCCCAACACGUUUUCUCCAGCCAACGUGGACGCCUCGGUGAUGUACCGCAAGUGGAAGGAGAGCAAAGGGAAGGAUCGGGAGUACACGGACAUCAUCAGGAAGCAAGUCCUGGGAACAAAGGUGGAUGCCGAGCGGGACGGCGUGAAGGUCCCCACCACCCUGGCCGAGUACUGCGUGAAGACCAAGACUCCAGCCCCGGAUGAAGGCUCAGACCUCUUCUACGAUGACUAUUAUGAGGAUGACGAGAUGGAGGAGGAAGCCGACAGUUGCUAUGGUGAUGAGGAUGACUCUGGCAACGAGGAAUCUUGAUGGCCUUAUGGCACUUGCAAAACUUAUUAUAAACUACUGAAUUUUACCUCAACUAGGACAAACUGGUUUGAACUUAGGAUCUGUCAGCUCUGAAAUUAACUCUCUACCUCGCAGGGAGACUGUUCUGCUGUUGUAAAGGAAAGCGCACCACUGUCUU